CCGCAACCCCACGAAUCCCGUGGUCUUCUUUGAUAUGACGCUUGGAGGUAUGUGUAUAGAUUACCUUGCAUAAGAGGUUUGAUGAUAUUUCUUUUCUUCUUCUUCCUUCCGUUACACACGUGCCCCAUGAAGACGAAAAAGCAAAGGGGGAGAAAUCAGUGCUGCUGGAGAACCAUUGGGCCGAAUCAAGAUGGAGCUCUUUGCAGAUGUCACGCCCAAGACGGCAGAGAACUUCCGCCAGUUCUGCACGGGUGAGAGCAAAAAUCCCCGAGGCCGACCACAGGGUUACAAGGGCUCCAAAUUUCACCGAGUGAUCAAAGAUUUUAUGAUCCAAGGUGGCGAUUUCAUUAACGGCGAUGGUACCGGCAGCACAACCAUAUAUGGCACGAGCAAGUUUGCCGACGAAAACUUUAACCUGACACACGAUGGCCCGGGUCUUUUGAGCAUGGCUAACUCCGGCCCAAACACUAAUGGUAGCCAAUUCUUCAUCACGACAACCGCCACACCUUUCCUGAACAACAAGCAUGUCGUUUUUGGCCAGGUACUUGACGGCAUGGAUAUCGUUCGUAUGAUUGAGAAUACGCGGACGACGAGAGAUAAACCGAAUCAGGAUGUGGUUAUUGCGCAGUGUGGGGAGAUGUAA